GGUACGGGAAUUAGUCAGCCAUUUCGAGGGAAAAUGGCUGCGCCCUUGCACGGAGACGAUGACGAAAUUUUGAAGGACGAUUAUUAUUCUCUUUUAAACGUUUCAAGACAGGCCACACGGAAUGAGAUUAAUCAAGCGUACAAGCAGUUAAGUAAAAUAUAUCAUCCAGAUAAACAUCAGGAUCCAACCAAGAAGAAAAAUGCUGAACUUCUCUUUAGUAAACUCAAGAGAGCACAUGAAGUGUUGGUUGAUGAGCAUAAGAGAGUUAUAUAUGACUUGUAUGGAGAAAAAGGACUUGAGACAUAUGGCAUGGAGGUUGUAUCUCGGACAAAGACUCCAGCUGAGAUUAUAGCGGAGUAUGAGAGAUUCCAACAAGAACAGGAAGAGAGAAGGUUACAGCAAUGUACAAACCCUAAAACUAGUGCUGUGAUUGCAGUCAAUGCCACAGACCUGUUUGAGUCGUAUAGUUAUGAUGACUUUGAUGAUGAAGAUGAUGAUGAGGGACCUACAGAUGUAGUGUCCAGAAUUCCAAGUAUAGAAAUAAGUGCUAUGAAUGUGAGCCAGUCAGUGGAGUGUCCUCUUACUAGUCAAAAUACAGGCGUACUUGCCUGGAGCCUGUCCACAGAAAAUGGGAAUGGGUCUGGUGUUUUUACAACAACAUGGAAAAGACUGCUGUCUAGCAGAGGCUCUAUUGAAGUUGCUUCAACAUUUGGAAGCAGGUCUGGACUAACCUUUAAAUUUUCAAGAUAUUUCUUCAAAAGCUUAGUAUUUAACUUCAACACCAAAUUGAUGUUAACAGAAAGAGGUAUUGCACCAGGUCUUAGUACAGGGCUAAGUUACACAUUUGACAAACACUGGCAGGGAAGGAUACGAUGGAAUAUUCUAGCACCAUCCAACUUAAACACACUGCUAGUUUACCACUCUGAAACUCAACAAAUCCUCUUCCAGAUAACAUUAAGUAUUCGUAACAGUUAUAUAUUUACGUCAUAUACCAGAAAAUUCAAGGAACAUGAUGUGUCAACAACUGUGAGUUUAAAAGCUGGAACAUUUGGUGCAGUGUUGGAGUAUGGAAUAGAGAAGAAGAUUACAUCAUUUAGCAAUCUAGGUGCUUCCAUGUCUAUAGGAUAUCCCACUGGUGUAGCUCUUAGAAUCAAAUUAGAUAGAGGAAGUCACACAAUAUUGAUGCCUAUCAGGUUGUCUGAGGAUAUAAUACCCAGUUCAGUAGUAUAUGGUACCAUCAUUCCUGUUGUAACUUACUUUGCUGUGAAGAAAUUAAUCGUUGAUCCAUUCCUGUCUGGGCAGAGAGAAAAAGAGCUGGAGAAGAAGAAGCAGGAACAGAAAGAGAAAAUAUUACAGAGGAAACGUGAGGCCCAGGCUUUGAUAGAGCUGAUGAAGGAGACUGUAGAGAGAAAUCUGGAAGCAGAAGAGAAGAAAAAUGGUCUGAUCAUUAUAACAGCAGUGUAUGGAAAACUGUCAUCUGGUCAUCUUGAAGACUUACAGACAGAGGACUGUAUAGAUGUGACUAUACCUCUUCAAGCACUAGUCAAGGAUUCAAGUCUGAUAACUCCAGAUAAAACAACAAAGAGUGACCUUCCAGGCUUUUAUGACCCAUGUAUUGGUGAGGAGAAGAAAUUAUAUAUAAAAUACAAGUUCAGGAAAAAGAUACAUCACACAACUGUAGAGGACAUGAAAAACAUUAGAAUACCACAACAACGACAUUUAAUGCGCGAGGAUGACUUACCUCCCUUUAUAAAUGACCCAGAUGAGACGUGAUAGUGGGACCAAAGUGAUAGAGAACUGCUUUUGAUUUUACUAGACACCGUGUGCCACUUUUAGUGAUAAAUCAGCUCCAGUUGUAUACACAGUUCAAAACUGUCAUUCUCAACAGACUGAUUCUAGGACGAUUUUAUCAGCCGCAUAAUUGGAACCAUUCACAAUAGACUGAUUCUAGGACGAUUUUAUCAGCCGCAUAAUUGGAACCAUUCACAAUAGACUGAUUCUAGGACGAUUUUAUCAGCCGCAUAAUUGGAACCAUUCACAAUAGACUGAUUUUAGGAUGAUUCAUCAGCAGGCAUAAUUUGAACCUAAAUGCAAAACAUACUGAUUCUAGGAUGAUUUUAAAAUGAUAUGUUGGAAACAGGUUCACGUGUGUAGUCACUUGUAGGUUUUUAAAUCUUUAUUUGAGAAAACAUUGAAAGUGAACGUUUUUUUCUGAUUCGUAAGCUGUUGUUUAUAUUUUUCUUAAAAAAGAAAACAACUUCUGGUUUUUAAGUGGUAUUACAUAUUUAUGCUGUGUUUACUUGUACAUAUGUAGUACAGUAAAGACUGUCUACAUUGAAUAGCCUUCGGAGAAUUUCAAAAAGGUCAUUGUAGACAGGGAGUCUGUAUACACAAUCUGACUGGGAGAGGUCUUGGUAUUAGGCAAAUAUUACAUGUUCUAGUUAGUAUUUUAUGAAGGACCUUUAAACACUCUGAUAAAGCAUGGAAUAUUCUAAAUGACCUUUUAAAGCAUAGUUUAAUUUAAAUCUGAUUUAAAAGUUCAUUUCUAGUGCUGGAGAAGUUUUCGCCCUUUGAGAGGAUGGGUCAAAAAGUUGUUAUAAAAGUUUGAAGUCAGGGUUCUGGGCAAAGAAAUCAUGGUUACUGUACGCAUCAGACGGGGUCGUUAGAAACAAGCCAAUUUUAAUGUGAAAUGCAUCAGGAGGAAAUAAAAAGGUUGUUGUAGACAGAAAGUCGCUGAAAGCAAGGGGUUGCUAUGGCAGUCUUUACUGUAUUAUAAAAUUAAUAUAUGGUACUGUUUAUACACAAAAACAUAUCUAUUCUAUGCCUACAUAGAUACUGCUUAGUAAUUGUUUACAUUUUUAAAAAUACAACAUGGGCAAUGAGGUAAUACAUCUUUGAAGGGCAUGGAAAGUGUGCAGGCUGAUCUUCGUCUGCAUUAGUCGCAAAGGCAGAAAUAUUUGCUGCCAGCAGGCUAAAGGUUAAUACAGUAUUAAUCGUACCGUGGUGUAUCCUGCUAUUUUGUUCUGUAUAUGAAAAUGAACUGUACUUACAGUGGUCAGUCAACACCUUUAAAACAAUUAUUAUGUACCUUACUAUAAAUUGUAACAAAACUGCAUAGGACAAAAUACUGUUACCAAGGCUAUAUAACAGAAGUGGGCAUUAUAACUGGAAGCGGGCAAUGCCAUUAUAAUUGGUUAUUGGCUUGCCCUUGAUAAGCGACGUUAUUUUUGGCGUCAUUUUACACACUGUGUUGUGGUGAUAAAAAAUUUGUUAAUAUUGAUAAUUUGUAUGAUUAGCUGAUUCAAGUUAAUGUUAUUAUGUUUAGGUAUAUAAUAAACAACUCUUUGAAGGCAAUGACGUUCCUUAUGUGGUUAUAAGCACUUCUAAACCUAUAUUGGCCGUCGUGCUAUGCGCUCGUGCAAUACAGGUUUAAUCUUGCUUAUAACGACUUCAGGCCUGCCAUUGCUAUUUAAUAAGUGUUUAUUAAUGUACAUCCCUCAUCCUUACCUGUCAUACAUAGGUAAAGUUGGAUAAGUCAUGAAAAUCACAUGCUUGUAUCAUCUACACCAGAAAUAAUUUCACUCAAUUAAAUAGUGAAAAAUGGUGUAAUAAAAAAAAAGCCGCAAGAAAAAUCUUUCCCCUGUCAGUCUGAAUCUUCGUUUAAUUCCUAGAAUUUAUUAACAUUUAUUUAUUUUAGUUUCGUAAAUCACCAGUAAUUUUGAGUCUGAAUCAUGAACAUAACCUUUAAAUUUAAGUUGCCUGUGCAUGAACACCCCAGAUCAAGGCCUUGUAUUCAAGUUUUAAGUAGAGGAGAUUGGGCCUAUUUGACUAUUGCAAAAUAUUACCAUAGCUCUAAUUUUAGACAAAAAUGUUUCCCAAAAUGUGGUAAUGUUACAGAAAUAUGUGUCGAUGCGACAUUAAACCACCAAAAUAAAUUAAAAUGCUCAAGUUUUUUUUUGAAAAAGAAAUUAAGAGGUUUUUAAAAACUACACAUUUUUAGCUUGACUAUUCAAAGAAUAGAAAGAAUAGGUAGAGCUAUUGGACUCAACUAUGCGUUGGCGUCCCAAUUUGGUUAAGUUUUUGUAUGUAAGCUGGUAUCUCAGUAACCAUUUGUGGGAAUGGAUUGAAACUUAACACACCUAUUCACUGUGAUAAACUGACUUAUACUUGCACAGGUUCCAUAACUCUGUUAUUAUGUCCCUUUUUCAACUUAGAAAAAUGUUUGGUUAAGGUUUUAUAUGUAAGCCGAUAUCUCAGUAUCUACAUAUGGGAAUGGAUUGAAACUUCACACACUUAUUCACUGUGAUGAUCUGACAUGCAUUGCACAGGUUCCAGAACUCUACUUUGCAUAUGCCCUGUUUUCGACUUAGCAGUUUUUGGUUAAGUUUUUGUGUGUAAGCUGGUAACUCAGUACCCACUACAGGGAAUGGAUUGAAACUUCACACACUUGUUCACUGUGAUGAUCUGACAUGCAUUGCACAGGUUCCUGAACUCUGUUUUACUUUUUACAAAAUUAUGCCCAUUUUUGGACUUAGAAAUUUUUGGUUAAGGUUUUGUUUGUAAGCUGGUAUCUCAGUACCCACUUCUGGGAAUGGAUUGAAACUUCACACACAUGUUCGCUGUGAUGAUCUGACAUACAUUGCACAGGCUGCUGAACUCUUGUUUUGCUUUUUUACAAAAUUAUGCCCCUUUUUGGACUUAAAUUUUUGGUUAAAGUUUUGUAUGUAAGCUGGUAUCUCAGUACCCACAUAUGGGAAUGGAUUGAAACUUCACACAGUUGUCCAUUGUCAUGAGCUGAUAUGGGUUGUACAGGUUCCGUAACCCUGUGUUGCAGUUUGACAAAAUAAUAGCCCUUUUGGACUUUAAUAUUUAUUCACUUGACAAGGCUGUUGAAUAGUCGAGCGUUGCUGUUCUCCGAAAGCUCUUGUUAUUAGUAUGAAUUAAUUGUAAUUGAAACCAAUAUUGAUGGAUUUUGCAAGUCUGUAUGUAUUUCAAUCUUGAAACAUUUCUGAAUAUAUUGAUAACUAGUAUUUGUGAAACAUUGCUUGUGUAAUAAAGUAUAUAAGCACAAGAGUAUUAAUGGGCUACAUGUACCAGUAUUUUAUUUGUCUUUUAAUUGAUGCAGUACUAUUAUACGGAACAUGCAUUGAGAGUUUUAUUUGUAUUAAACUGUUGAAAACAA